AUGGCCCAAAAUGUUGAUUUUACUGCGCUCAAAGCGCGUACUAUGAGAUCUGGGGCAGACGAAGAAGCUGUCACUGUAGAUACACGCGGCCUGAUCUCGAAAGUACUGGCACGCUAUUCGGGUCAAUGGACGGUCUUGCGAGAGAUGAUACAGAACGCAGCUGACGCUAAUGCGACGAAAGUUACGAUCAAGUUUGAGACAUUACCUUCGACCACGGUUCCUUUACCUUCAGCUGCCGACAGCGCGACUAUGAUCAAACAUACUAUAUCCCACCAUACACUCAAACGUCUUUUGAUUACCAAUAACGGUACACCGUUCAGUGAGAAAGACUGGGCUAGGUUGAAACGUAUCGCCGACGGUAAUCCAGACGAGACGAAGAUUGGCGCGUUCGGUGUAGGUUUUUAUUCCGUGUUCGACGAAUUCGACGAACCAUUCGUCUGUUCCGGGACAGAUGGCAUGGCAUUCUAUUGGAAAGGCAACGCUCUGUACACACGCCAAGUGCAAUUGAACGAGAAAGCCACUUCUGAGACAACAUUUGUCUUGGAAUAUCGCAAUGAUACCUCGCCUGUGCCGUCUCUGGUUCAGUUAUGCCAAUUUUUAUGCAGCAGCCUUACAUUUGUCAAUCUUCAAUGCAUAGAGCUAUGGCUCGAUGACUGCAAUAUACUGCGCCUAGUCAAAAAGAUUGCCCCCGGCGUCACUCUCGCCGUACCAAAAGACCUCGAGACAAAAACACAAGAAGGGUUAUUGACGAUUACCAGUGUUACGAGGGAGGUUGCUCAAGUAGAUGCCGCCUGGAUGCGCGUCCUUGAAUGGAACCCAAAUGCAAACACGCUUGUCGAGGGUAUUCGAGAUACUACAGUAUCGCUUCGCAGUUUUCUGUCUAGGCUCACCCAGAGUUCGUCUGGAAAGCCGUUGGACAGUCAGAAGAAAGAAGUCGCAGGGGACAUAGGGGACUUGACGAAGAUCUCAACAGCAUCGGUUUUCUUGCAUAUUAAUACCGCAAGCAUUCAGACAUCUAUCAGUCAAUCUCUAAGCAGCGAACUCGAACGAGCGACACUAAAGCCUCCACCUAAGAAGACGACAAUUGCGGUGCUUACUGAUACAAGUCUAACGUCAGCAUCAUCUGAACCUGAGUUUAUAUCCUCCAUACUACCAUCCAAGGGUGGUCGGGUCUUUAUUGGGUUUCCUACACAGCAAACAACCGGUCUCAACGCUCACAUCUCAGCUCCUUCCGUCAUUCCGACCGUGGAGCGAGAAAGCAUUGAUCUGAACACGAGGUACAUUCGCAAAUGGAAUACGGAGAUGUUGAGAGCAGCAGGUAUAGUCUGUCGAAUUGCAUGGUCCGCAGAGAUGGCUUCAGUGAAAAGCAGAAUAAUAACGGCCAAGGAACCAUCAAAGCAGUCAAAGAUCCGAAAAGAUGACAUUGUAAAUGUUCUUCCUGAGGCUAUCCACACUGCAAAUCAGUUUGUGUUUCGAGAGUCCACACCUUCAUCCUUGCUCGGACAGACAGUUGAGGAUGCGUUUUGGACUUCUAAUAAAAAUGCUUCCAUCGAGUUGCUUUCUAGCUGCGGCGUUGUCCACAGUCAUCAAGCGCGCCUAGCUUCCAAGGACUUGACUUUCCUGGACUCUAUUCCUGUGUUGCCAGAUGAGUUCGUGGAAGGCUCGAAAGAGUUCGUCAAAAAGUUGACACUGCUAGGACUUCUAACUGAAGUUACGGUCACUGACAUCAAACGUGAAUUAGAAAGCAGUUCGCUGCAAUCCUCUCAAAUCACCGAGUUCCUUGCCUGGUUGGGACGAAGGGCUGUCUCUGGUCAACUGGACAUAUACUCUGUCAGGAGCAUACUGAAUGUUGCGGUGGCUUCCGCCGAUGAUGAAAGUGGCAAAAACACUGGUUUGGUCAUUUUUUCAGCUGUAUCGCUGUUCUUGAACCCUCAGCGCAUACCUGCUGAGCUGCCUUUACCACCCGCUGUGAUGCCGUUCAAGUACACAAAAGCUCUGAGCAAAAAGGAGCUAGAGCUGUUUGGCUGGGAAGAACUGCAUAUAGUCCCCUGGUUGUGUUGGCUUAUUAGCAACGUCGAGACCGGCAAACGACUCACUCAGGAGCCCGUGUUCGCAGCACAGGUGCUUCCAGUUAUCUCGAAACAUUGGGAAAGUCUAAGUCAGUCCUCGAAACAGGACGUGGUCGAUCAGUUGCAAGCGCAUAAAGUGAUUCCUACUAGAGUCGGCAUGAAGCGCCCGAGUGAAGCAUACUUUCCUUCCGUCCGUCUCUUUGACGACCUGCCCGUUGUUCAUGGACUUCAGGGAGUGAAAGAGAAAUUCCUGUCUGCUCUUGGUGUGCGUAAGACGGUCGAGCUUGGUGUCAUUUUCGAGCGUCUACUCAAUACUCCUGGUGAAUCUGAUGAGAAGUCCCCGGGCCAGGGGAAAUGGAGCCACGUCGACUUAAUACGAUAUCUCGCAUCCGUCAGCAAUGAUAUUCCUGCCAGCGACAUCAAACGGCUCAAGGAUACCAGCUUCUGCACCGCAGAGCCCAUCAUAGACCAUAAUGGUGCGAGAACGCCAAAUCAGAGCCACUACAAGGUUCAGCAACUCUAUGAGCCGAAUGAUGCUCUUAGAGCCUUAGGGCUUCCGGUUCUCGAGUGGCCCGGAAAGUACAUAUCAAGCAGCGCCGAGGGCAAGUUUCUCGCUAGGCUGGGUCUUCAAACGUCCCCAAAACUCACUACGCUGACACAAAUCAUGGCCUCGGCAGCCCAGCGCAACGAUUGGGCUCUACACGGAAAGGCCAUGUCUUAUUUCGUUACUGAGUUCGAGUCUAACGGAUAUGGCGCUUUUGAUUGCGGUUCGACGGCCGAUGAAUUUCUUCCAACCGAAAAUGAGAACCAUGCAGGCGCGGAAAUAAAUCAUAAAGCCAGUGCUCCCAGCAAGUGCUAUACGGACGAAGGUGCUGCUCUGUUCGGAUUUGAUAUCCUUCGCAAGGACCUUCACCGUCAUGCUUCUAAGUUGGGUGUCCAACAACACCCCAAAUUAUCCUAUUGUCUUGAUAUAUUGAUCCGCAGGCCACCAUCUACGAAGCGAGACGCGAGGUCACUUUACAAGUAUCUUGCUGGAAGGGUGUCUGAACUCACCACGCGAGAUAUAGACCGUGUUGGAAAAGCCGAGAUAGUGCCGGUCCACAUAGAUGAUAGCAAGGGCAGCACAACGCGCCGUGUGGCCCCGAGACUCUGUUAUCUCGGAGAUGGCGAAGACUAUAAGGAUAUUUUUGACUUUGUGGACUUUGGCCAGGAUGCAAACCUCUUCCUGAUGGCCGUCGGGUCGAAAAGUGAACCAACUAAGGUGGAACUUGCACAGAUGGUAGUCAGGGAACCGGCUCGAAUAUCCUCUACUCUGCAGUCGGCAGAGAAGUAUCUGAGACUCCUGCGAACUUUGGCGGAGGACAUGUCCAGUCUAAGAAAGCACAAAGAUCUAAUGCAAGAGAUGCGGAAGUCGGCAUUCUUACUGGCCAGUAAGGAUAUUCCUUCAACGGUCCAAGUGGGGAAAGACGCCAAGAAGACAGUCGAUAAUUCUGAUGAUGAAGACGAGGCUGAAGAAGAAGGUAUCCGAGAAUGGACGUUGGCCGCGGCCAGAGAUACGAUCGUGGUGGACGAUUUCCAAAGCUUUGUACUAUUCAAGGACCACGUUUUCUCUUCUCCUCAAGAAGAGAUAUUGGAGAAAUUCUAUCUUGCUUUAGGUGCCGUGCCGCUCAGCCAACUCGUGGAAGAGCGGGCGAACUGGGGAGCGGUGGUCCCUGACCAAAUCGCCGGACUGAAACUACUGAAGUUGAUCAGAGAACGCUCGAGGCUUUUCCUACAUGACCAGCCUCUUGAUGGAAUCCGGCAUGAUAGUCGUUGGAUUGACAAGAACCUCAAAGUGCAAGUUGUUCAGUCAAUUGUUCUGACGAAGACUCUCAAAGGUCGCAAUGUUUCAUACCGUCAGGAGAGAAAGGCGAUAGUUACGGAAGUGAACAGAGAAUUUGUCAUGAGAAUAUGUCCUCAAAAAACGUACGACUUCUAUGAAAUCAGUCAAGCGCUUUCCCACUUGAUUCUCACACGACCAAAGCUUCAUUCGGCUCUAACAUUGGAGAUGCUAUUGAAAACUGAUCUACUGGAGCUCAAAGAACGUGGUUACAACGUUGAACGCAUUCUCAAGAAAAAGGCACAGGAGGCUCUAAUUGCAGAAUCUCGGCGUCAACAACAACUCGAGGAAGAACGUCGGCGUCUACAGGACAAGGAAACAGCCAUAAUCGAAGAAGCUCAGAACCAAACAGCUGAGAAGCAGGGCCCGACAUCGAUGCCUGGGGUCUUUCCGGACUCUCCUUCGUCAAAGGAUGUACGGCCCGUUUCACCGACAGAGCCUAAAGAGAAGCGCAACCUGUUCUCCUCAUUUACCAAGCAUUUCAGCCAGGGUAACCGGUCGUCUUGGAACCCCUUCGGCGAGACUGCCCCGUUGCCGGAUACUCCUAAAGAUCAUGCUCCACAGCCCCCGAUUGAGCAACCGAAACCGAAACAGCCUCGCCAUGAAGCUCCGGUGACGGUCAACUCUACCCUUCAAACACAAAGAAGUUUGCUCCAAGCCGUGCAAUCCAGCCGGCCUCAUGGCUCGUCUGGUGUCUUUUCCCGACCACAAGUCGAUCAAAUCAAUGAAUUGAAAUCAUAUUGCGAUGAGAAACCCGGCCAUGACCUGGAGUUUGCUGCCACACUUCCGUGUGGAGUCAACAUUCUCCUUGCCAGAACUGUCGAAAGGUCUGCAUUCUUAGCCAAUAAUAGUAGGGGGAUGAAUUUGUUUGGGUCUAUACUUCUUGACUGCGCCGAUGUAUUCUCGCUGCGGCCUGAUACUGUGAGCAUCUUCUAUGACCCCGGCUCCAAGGCCAUUGGGUUCAAUCGGGCUGGCAGUAUAUUCUGCAAUUAUCACUAUUUUCAGCAGCUGCAUGAGAAAGCACUGCUCCAAAAAGCGAAUCCAGACCGGGCUGAGGCAAUAGUUUAUUGGUGGGUGGUUUUGGCACACGAGCUUUCCCAUAACCUCGUUUCAGACCAUAGCUCUGCGCAUAGCUAUUACACAGAAAGCUUUGUGAGCCAAUACUUCCCUAGGGUUGCAGCCAAGAUCGCCAGUGCAACUACGACGAGUCCAAGUCCCGAGCAAUGA